AUGUUGAAAUGUGGCCUGAUAUGUGAAGGAAUAAGUCAUUGGUCCUAUCUGUUAUCUCCAGCAAUUAUGCCUACUGAAGCUGUAGAGAAGCCAAUCCAAGAUACUAAAAAAGAGGAGGUAGACGAUGAUGAUGAUGCUGACUCCGAUACUAAAUCUGAAGACUCUGUACCAGAGCUUCAAGAUGCACCAGGACCAUCUCAGCAAAGUCAGGUGGCUCAGGUUGCAGGACUGCCAGAAGAAUUGGUCAGCAAGGCUAAACAAAGCCGAAGUGAAAAAAAAGCUAGGAAAGCCAUGUCCAAACUUGGUCUUAAACAGGUACAAGGUGUUACCCGAGUAACAAUACGUAAAUCUAAGAACAUUCUUUUUGUUAUCAAUCGACCAGAUGUUUACAAAAGCCCUGCAUCAGACACCUACAUUGUAUUUGGUGAAGCUAAGAUUGAAGAUUUAAGUCAGCAAGCACAAAUGGCUGCUGCUGAGAAAUUCAAAGCUCCAGAAAAUCCAGCAACGUGUUCUGAUGGUGCACCAAAUCCUCUGUCACAGCCAAUCCUUGAAGAAUCUGAAGAAGAAGAAGAGAUUGACGAGACUGGAGUAGAACCUAAAGAUAUUGAACUUGUCAUGUCACAAGCUAGUGUAUCUCGGGUAAAAGCUGUAAAAGCAUUGAAGAAUAAUAAUAAUGACAUUGUCAAUGCAAUUAUGGAAUUAACAAUGUAA